UGCGCCGGAAGUGUGCCGGGCGCUGGCGGGAGUCUCGGCCGCCGCAAUGUGGGUUGCAGCGCAGCUGUGAGUGAUGCGCUGGCUGCUGCCGUUGUCUCGCACAGUGAUACUGGCCGUCGUGCGCGGGAGGCGAGGCGUUUGCGGGCUCGGGAUGUUCUAUGCGGUGAGAAGGGGCCGCAGGACCGGCGUCUUCCUGAGUUGGAGUGAGUGCAAAAUACAGGUGGACCGGUUUCCUGCUGCCAGGUUUAAGAAAUUUGCCACAGAAGAUGAGGCCUGGGCCUUUGUCAGGAACUCUUCAAGCCCAGAUGGCUCAAAAGGGCAGGAAAAUGCACAUGUGCAGAAGUCACAGGCGAAGACCAGCAAGCGGCCUCGGGAGCCUCUGGGUGUUGGGGAAGAACCUCCAGAGCCAGGGACAAAGCACCCCAGGCAGAACACAGAGCCAGCUACUCCAGUGAGCAGGGACACAUUUUCUUAUAUGGGAGAAUCAGUCGUCGUCUACACGGAUGGCUGUUGUUCCAGUAACGGGCGGAAGCGGGCGCGAGCAGGAAUCGGCGUUUACUGGGGGCCAGGCCACCCCUUAAAUGUAGGUGUUAGACUCCCUGGACGACAGACAAACCAGAGGGCCGAAAUCCAUGCAGCCUGCAAAGCCAUCAUGCAAGCCAAGGCUCAGAACAUCAGCAAGCUGGUCCUGUACACAGACAGCAUGUUCACCAUCAAUGGGAUAACGAACUGGGUUCGGGGCUGGAAGAGGAAUGGCUGGAGAACGAGCACAGGGAAGGACGUCAUCAACAAGGAGGACUUCAUGGAGCUGGAUGAGCUCGCCCAGGGCAUGGACAUCCAGUGGAUGCACAUUCCUGGUCACUCGGGAUUUGUAGGCAACGAAGAAGCUGACAGACUGGCAAGGGAAGGCGCAAAGCAGUCUGAAGACUGAGCAAAGCAGUUGCUGCACACUCAGACCCGAGAUGGUGGCUGUUUCUUUACCCUGACGUUCAUGGAGAACACGAUGGUGACCUGUGACAGAGCUUGAUGACAAGUGCUUGAAAAAUGAGAGGAAUUGU